AUGCCCUCAGAGCUCCAUCGAACUGGUACAUGGCACAUACUACCGUCAUCGUCCUCUGACAUCUCAGCCCUGUUGGAGAACACGAGCGCAGGCGAAGGAAGGCAGUGGGAGGUCAUCACUUCCAGCGGCUUUCUGUCUCGAGCAGCGAGCGAUCGUGGCAGUCCGCGCAGCGAAACAUCUGAGGACGUUUACGAAGGGCCUAUGGUUGUGGAGAAAGAGGCUUUGGAGGUCGUGCCGAGCAGAUGUGCUGUGGAUUCGGCUCCAACGUCAGCACCUCCAGUACUACGAACACCGCUCUCUCAAUUGCUGCGUAAUGAAGCGCACGUUUCACAGCACGCACCUGCCGGUCGCACCUUCAUGACAGGGCCCAGGUUUGCAGACGAACGUCCUGGGCGCGCGACCACGAUACCCACUACCCGCCAUAGAUUUCCCUUACUCCGCCCUGUCGCAGAUGGGGCCGGCUUUCACGUUCAAGGUGAAGGAUGCGACGAUGACACCGACUCUAGUCUUUGCGCCGAUGAUGAUUGCCUCAGCGCGUCGUCCAUUUCCACGGACCUCGUGCCCGUAUCAUCUUUUCUCGCCGAGUCGCACGCAAAUGAAGUGCAACUUGAAGUCGACCAGCCUCACUUGCCCUAUUCUUACAGUCAAUUGGGAGCCGCUUGUCCAGAGACGUCGCUUUCGACACAAAGGGUUGCAACUUCUCCUCGUGGGCUUUCCCCGGCGGUCCCACUACCUCCUACUAUUACCAGAACCUUCCCCUCACCGGUUGUCGCUGCACCCGAUGUCUCUGUUGACGACACUUCUUCCGGGCAAAGCCAAGUGUCGGUGCCGAAUAGUCUUCAGGCAGCAGAUAGGGGUAACCUUCCCAUGCGACGAGAGCGCAACCCUGACGCAGAAGGUCGACAUAAUAUGCCUGCAAGCGGUGCUCGGGGCCUUACCAUGCGAGCAUACCCUACCGAACUGAUCUCUCUUGCACGCGCACGACCCUCGUCGGCCCCGCCCGUCGGGUUGACCGUCGCGCGGCUAUGCACUCCCACCCUCGGUUCGUCGAGGCCAGUCUCGGCGUUAGAACCGCCUGACGCAACGACGUUGGCCGCUCGGAACAAGGGAAACGGGAGACAUGCCUCGCGCGGUGCCAAUGGUCAGCCUCCCGCCGAGGCCCGUCUUGCUGCCAUCAGAGACUGGGAGCUUUACCGGAACUGCUCAAAUUUCCGCAAAGGCCGCGAAGAGGGCCAGACGAUCUGGUACAAAGUGGACUUGCCUUUCGCCGUCGAUCAGCCACCGGCGUCUCUCGAAGCAUCCCAAGGAGACCUUUUCAUCCACGUUGACACACGCACGAAGAAGUCGCGCAUGUGGCUAUGUGGCACGCAGGGACAGUGGGAAGCAGCGCAGGUAGGAGUACCACAUCCUCGGUACAGAAAUCGGCGCCUCCACGUCAAGGCGGAUGGCGAACCCAGCUGGGUUACUCGGGAGACCUCCGUUGUGUAUGGCAGCAAGAGAAAGAAAGAGCGGCAACAUGACGCCGAGGCAGAGCUACUGCGGCCGAGGUGA